UUAUCUUCACGAAUCAUACCCUAAUUCCUGGUCAAGAAAUCUAAGAAUUCAGUCAUGGCAAUUCUCACCGAUUACGACAAAGAUCAACAAAGCCAGAAAUCUUCUCCUUCUCCUCCUUCCUCGAUAUUGUCCUUCAAUGCCGUUCUUGAUCCUUCAAACCCUCUUGAGUUUCUGAAAUCUGCCUUCGACUUCGUGAAUCAGAACUCUGAUAUGUUCAAGACCACUGCUUCCGAGAAGAAAAUCUCAUCGCUGGUUAAGAACAUCAGGGACAAAAUCAAGGCGGAGGAAGAGGCGGUAAAGAAAGCUGCGCUAGAGGAGGAGAAGAAAAAGAAGCUUGCUCCAAACCAAGCCAACGGUCUCGACAUGGAGAACCAUUCUUGGGGGCAGAACUUGCAGGAGGUGACUGUUACGGUUCCUGUCCCACAUGGAACAAAGGCCAGGGACGUUUCUUGCGUGAUUAAGAGCAACUCUUUGGAAGUAGGCCUCAAGGGCAGCGCUCCGAUAGUCCAGGGGGAGCUGUUUCAGGCGGUGAAGACGGAUGAUUCUUAUUGGAGUUUGGAGGACCAGAAGAUGAUCUCUGUGCUGAUGACCAAAUGCGACAAGAGCAAGUGGUGGAAGUCCUUGUUCAAGGGAGGCCCUGAGAUUGAUGUUCAGAAGGCAGAACCGGAGCCAAGCAAGUUGUCCGAUUUAGACGGUGAGACAAGGUCUGCUGUGGAGAAGAUGAUGUUUGAUCAGAGGCAGAAGCAGAUGGGGCUCCCAACCAGUCAAGAGAUUGAGAACCAGGAGAUGCUCAAUAAAUUCAUGGCUCAGAAUCCCAAUUUCAAUCUCUCCGGAGCUAAGAAGAUGUAGUUAGACUUAGAUGACACAGAUACCUGGUUUUUGUAUUUUCAUCCAGAUCAUCAUCUUGAGAUAACAGUUCUUAACUUUGUUUUUUGUCAAGCCAAGAAUUUAUGAAAUAAUAAAUACAAUUGGCUAUU